CGCGGCCCCGCGACCCCGGCCGGCCGCGGAGAGGCGCGACGUCCGCGCCCCAUCCGUCUAGGAUUCCUGUCCCGGGGCGCCCCCGGCGUCCCCAGCCCGAGUCCCCAAGCUCGGGGCCGCGCCCGCUCCCGCCGGCGUCCCGUCCCCUCCGUCGGCAGACACUGUCCCUUAACUCACCUCUCCGUACCCGGGUCCGGGUCCUCGCGGCCCAUGCUGGCCGCUGGGGACCCACGCAGCCUAGGUCUGUCUUGGGCUGGCCAGCCGGCCACCAUGGUGGCCCUGAGGCCUGUGCAGCUCCUUCAGGGGGGCUAAUAGACCCAGACCGCGGGCCUAGGGGUCAGAGGGUCCCAGGCCAGUCCCCCGCGCCAUGGCCGGAGCCAUCGCUUCCCGCAUGAGCUUCAGCUCGCUCAAGAGGAAGCAGCCCAAGACAUUCACGGUGCGGAUCGUCACCAUGGACGCCGAGAUGGAGUUCAACUGCGAGAUGAAAUGGAAAGGGAAGGACCUGUUUGAUUUGGUGUGCCGGACCCUGGGGCUUCGGGAAACCUGGUUCUUUGGACUGCAGUACACAAUCAAGGACACCGUGGCUUGGCUCAAAAUGGACAAGAAGGUGUUGGAUCAUGAUGUUUCGAAGGAAGAACCAGUUACCUUUCACUUCCUGGCCAAAUUUUACCCUGAGAACGCCGAGGAGGAGCUAGUUCAAGAGAUCACGCAACACUUAUUUUUCUUACAGGUGAAGAAGCAGAUUUUGGAUGAAAAGAUCUACUGCCCUCCUGAGGCUUCAGUGCUCUUGGCUUCCUAUGCUGUUCAGGCCAAGUAUGGCGACUAUGACCCCUCUGUGCAUAAGCGGGGAUUUUUAGCUCAAGAGGAAUUGCUUCCAAAAAGGGUAAUAAAUCUAUACCAGAUGACUCCAGAAAUGUGGGAGGAGAGAAUUACUGCUUGGUACGCAGAGCACCGGGGCAGAGCCAGGGAUGAAGCAGAAAUGGAGUAUUUGAAGAUAGCUCAGGACCUGGAGAUGUACGGUGUGAACUACUUUACAAUCCGGAAUAAAAAGGGCACAGAGUUGCUGCUUGGAGUGGAUGCUCUCGGCCUUCAUAUCUAUGACCCUGAGAACAGGCUGACCCCCAAGAUCUCCUUCCCAUGGAAUGAAAUCCGAAACAUCUCCUACAGCGACAAGGAGUUUACUAUUAAACCACUGGAUAAGAAAAUUGAUGUCUUCAAAUUUAACUCCUCAAAGCUACGUGUUAAUAAGCUGAUUCUCCAGCUGUGUAUUGGGAACCAUGACCUGUUCAUGAGGAGGAGGAAAGCUGACUCUUUAGAAGUUCAGCAGAUGAAAGCCCAGGCCAGAGAGGAGAAGGCUAGAAAGCAGAUGGAGCGGCAGCGGCUGGCUCGGGAGAAGCAGAUGCGGGAGGAGGCCGAGCGUACAAGAGACGAGUUAGAGAGGAGGCUCCUGCAGAUGAAAGAAGAAGCAACGAUGGCCAAUGAAGCUCUGAUGCGGUCUGAGGAAACGGCGGACCUGUUGGCUGAAAAGGCUCAGAUCACAGAGGAGGAGGCCAAGCUUCUGGCUCAAAAGGCUGCAGAGGCUGAGCAAGAGAUGCAGCGGAUCAAGGCCACAGCCAUUCGGACAGAGGAGGAGAAGCGCCUGAUGGAGCAGAAGGUGCUGGAGGCUGAAGUGCUGGCACUGAAGAUGGCAGAGGAGUCAGAGAGGAGGGCCAAGGAGGCUGAUCAGCUAAAGCAAGACUUGCAGGAAGCCCGCGAAGCAGAGCGAAGAGCCAAGCAGAAGCUCUUAGAAAUCGCCACCAAGCCCACAUAUCCACCCAUGAACCCAAUCCCAGCACCACUGCCUCCUGACAUACCUAGCUUUGACGUCAUCGGUGACAGCCUGUCAUUUGACUUCAAGGAUACUGACAUGAAGCGGCUUUCCAUGGAGAUAGAGAAAGAAAAAGUAGAGUACAUGGAGAAGAGCAAGCAUCUGCAGGAGCAGCUCAAUGAACUCAAGACAGAAAUUGAAGCCUUGAAACUUAAAGAGAGGGAGACAGCCUUGGACAUCCUACACAACGAGAACUCAGACAGGGGCGGCACCAGCAGCAAGCACAAUACCAUUAAAAAGCCUCAAGCCCAAGGCAGAAGACCUAUCUGCAUUUGAGUCCUCAAAGGCAGCAAACACAGAGUACUGGUGCAUCUUUAAGCCAGUUGCAGUGAGCUGGCUGUCCCAUGGCUGCCCUAAAGGCCACUGUGGCUUCUGCCCCCUACAGCAUGGAAGGAGCUGUGCAUGGACAAUCUCGUCUGCAAAAGUCCCAUUGCAGACACCCAGGAGAUGAGCAGGCAGCAUUUGUGAUGAGUCAAUUAAUUAAAGCAUUACAGAUUAUUCUCUUAACGUGCCUAGGCAGUAGAAGAAAUUUAUUUUGCCCAGAAUUAAAAUGUCACCCCACCUCUGUUACUGCCUGAUCCCCAGUCAUAUCCAUGCCAGUGGGCCGCUGACACUCUGACAGGAGUGUAGACUGAAUCUUUUAGCAUUCUUACUGUAGUCAAGUAGAAAAAACCCUGAACCUUCUGCCCCGAAAACUGUACUUGUUCAUUGUCCCAGCAAAGGAGAUUAGCCUCUAAAGUCACAGUAGAUCCUUUCUCAGGCAAAUGAGAGCUUACUGAGGUCCCAAGAACCCAUGGCAUAAACACUGAUUUUGAGUGUCCUUUGAGCCUGAGUAAGUGAGUGAGCUUCUGUUUGUCAGCUUCAUGCCCACUCUGGUACUUUUACCCUGACACCACGCAGUGUGUGCUCUGAGCAGGGCACUGGAACACACGGGCAGGCAGAACUCUGCAAGUGGUGACACCGUGGCACGAGGGUACCCAAGUGGGUCUGUGGUGGUUCAUGAACUCUGGUUUGCACUAGGCAAGCAGAAAAUCCUGAUUUGCCUUACUCAGUGCCCCAAUUU